AUGGAGAACACCCAGGCCGAUUCGGGUGGCAGUGCUUCUGCCGGUCAGGAUGACACCAAUUCUCUAGGCUCGGAUGCGCGGCUGAACGCAGAAAGCGACGGUGGCUCCCCCGUACAGGAUCCGGGAAAGAUGUUCAUCGGCGGCCUUAGUUGGCAGACGACUGCCGAGGGUCUCCGUGACUAUUUCGCCCGGUUCGGUGAGGUCAACGAGUGCAUGGUGAUGCGGGACCCAGUCACGAAAAAGGCUAGGGGAUUCGGCUUCAUCACAUUCGCUGACGCAGCCGCCGUCGAGAAGGUUUUGGCUCUGCAAGAACACGAGCUAGAUGGGAAGAAGAUUGAUCCGAAAGUUGCCUUCCCAAAACGGGCACAAACUAAGAUGGUAAUCAAGACGAAGAAAGUCUUCAUCGGAGGUCUAUCCGCGUCGUCUACGCUGGAGGACAUGAAGGCCUACUUCGAGCAGUACGGGAAAGUUGAGGACGCAAUGCUCAUGUUUGAUAAGACGACACAACGGCACCGAGGCUUCGGCUUCAUCACAUUUGAUAAUGAUGAGGUGGCUGAUAAGGUGUGCGAGAUUCAUUUCCACGAAAUCAAUGGUAAAAUGGUCGAGUGCAAGAAGGCUCAACCGAAAGAGGUGAUGCUCCCGGUGCAGCUAAACAAAUCGCGCGCGGCCGCCGCCCGAAACCUGUACGGGUUGGCCCCAGAACAGCUACUUGCUUAUGCUUCUUAUCUGCCCCGCUUUGGCUAUCCAAAUGCUAUGGUGUACCCCACAAUGCCAAACGUGUUCAACAUGCCGAACUACACGGCACUCCCGUCGUCGCCCGGGUCGGCGUCCGGUCGCGGUGGGCCGGCUUUUGAUGCUGCACUCUACGCCAUGGGUUCUGAUGUCUCCGCGUACGGGAAUACGGUGUACGCGCCGGCUGCCUACGGCCAGCCACACGGCGCAUACCACAAAAUC